GAUCAGCGGUGUGGCACACAGGAGGAGCAGUCUGUGUGUGUCUGUGGAUUAAGAAGCAUAUCAGUUGACAGUAAAGUUGGAGAUUCUGCAGUUGAGAAUGAAGAUCUUGGUUUUCCUGGCCCUCCUGGGUCUACACAGUGCAGCGGGAGUGACUCACUCUCUGAAGUAUUUCUACACUGGGUCCUCUCAAGUCCCAAACUUCCCAGAGUUUGUGACUGUCGGAUUGGUUGAUGAUGUUCAGAUGAUUCACUAUGACAGCAACACCAAGAAAGCUGAACCCAAACAGGACUGGAUGGACACAUUUUCAGCAGAUAAUCCACAGUACUUGGCAGGUCAAACUGAGGGCCUUAAGGGUACCCAACCGGUCUUCAAAGGCAACAUUGAAACUUUAAAGCAGCGCUUCAACCAAACUGGAGGUGUCCAUGUUUACCAGAACAUGUACGGCUGUGAAUGGGAUGAUGAGACUGGAGAGGUUAAUGGAUUUCAUCAGUUUGGUUAUGAUGGAGAAGACUUCAUAGUGUUUGACCUGAAGACUCUGACAUGGAUCGCUCCCAAACAACAAGCUGUCAUCACCAAACACAAGUGGGACAAAGACAAAGCCUUCAAUGACUAUUGGAGCAACUACCAUAGUGAGAUCUGCGUUGACUGGCUCAAGAAGUAUGUGAACUAUGGGAGGAGCUCUCUGAUGAGAACAGAGCUUCCCUCCACACAUUCUCUCCUCCAGAAGACUCCCUCCUCUCCAGUCAGCUGCUUCGCUACAGGUUUCUACCCUGACAGAGUCAUGAUGUUCUGGAGGAAAGAUGGAGUUGAGCUUCAUGAGGACGUGGAACGUGGAGAGAUCCUCCCCAACCAUGAUGGAUCCUUCCAGAUGAGUGUUAAGCUGGACGUUUCAUCAAUCGCACCUGAAGACUGGAGGAAGUACGAAUGUGUGUUUCAGCUCUCUGGUGUGAAGGACGACAUCAUCAUCAAUCUGGAUGAAAUAAGAAAGCCUGGUUUCCCUCUUGGUGCUGUUAUCGGAGGUGUUGUUGUACUGCUGCUCCUGGUAGUCGGCAUCGUUGGAUUCUUCCUCUGGAAAAAGAACAAGAAGGGAAAGGAAGGAUUUAAACUUGCCAGCACUUCUGACACCAGCUCCGACAACUCUCAGCAACAGAUUCCAAAAGCCUGAAUAACAAACACACCAACCUGCACACAGAAACCAGUGAAGAUCAGAAGAGGACGAUGAACUCUAGUAAUUGACUGUAAAUAUUCUUUUUCACAGAAUUUCUGCUUCUGAUUGACAAAAUUUCACAAACCAUCUUUAAUUGAAUACUGAGAUUAAAGUAAUUGAACCUGUUGUUUCAUCUUUAAUCAUCAUUUACUGUGUUUACCUUCAUUCCUGCUGCGACUGCUGUUAAACGCAGGUUGUCUUCUGUUAAACUUGUGACAGUCGUAGCUAGAAGCAUCACUUUCCUUCACUGUGUGAGUUAAACACAUCUGGAGAGAAGUGAUGCGACUGUCCGGAUGUUUCUGCAGAUGUUUUGUAGAUGUUUUAUUUUGUCACUGCAGCAGCUUCCAGAUACCAAAAACAUGAGCAGAGAAACAAGAAAGAGCUCAGAGUCACAUCAUGUUUGUUUCUUAAUGUCCAUAAACAGAAUCUGGUGUUUGAAUUCAUACUCAGCUAUGAUAACAUUAAAUGAUUUUCCUUUUAUCACAGAUGAGGUUAUAAAACACUUUAAAUGAAGCAGACUUUGGUU